UUCAUGUUAACAAGUCAUAAAUCAUGUCAAAACUGGAUCGCAUAAUCAGCAUGUUGGAUUUCCGACAACUCUCGACUUAAAACUCACUUUUCCAAUGUUCACUCGAACGCCAAAAUAUUCCCAGUCAUUAUUCAAUAUUUUGCCUUUUUUCCUCUUAUUCAUUGCACUUGGAACCAGCACCAGUCAACUGCAUACCUCCUCCAGCAAUGAUGACCGCAUUGGUGCAAACACCAAGAGCCCUAAAGACACCACAAUUUCCACAACCAAGGUUCAUCAACAUCGCUCCAAUUACAACAUUAUGAUGAAGGCCUUAGGGCCUCGGUCCAAAGUAGAGCCCAGGGCCCAACGUGUCCGUGAGCCCAUGAUAAACAUGUAUGACGGUUAUGGUGGGAUCAAAACAUUUCCAACACAGUCUCGUUUCAAAACGUUCCAAAGCAUCCAAGUUCCAUCGAGGGAAGCGAUCCAAAAGGCCUUGAAAGGAGCCCCUAAAAGCAUCAAUUUCUUGCAACUCGACCAUUUGGCAGGUCUAUUAUCUCGCCUCGGGAGUGUUAUUCGAAGUUUCAGUUUGGGUCGGGAACAAAUCGUGGAUGUUAUUUUAUCCAGAGUGAAACCUGGACCUCUCCACGAUUUGAUAUCGAGUUAUUCCGCCAUGAAAAGUGGCGACUUCUACUCAGGACUGCAAGGCUUGGGCCGAACGGAAAUUCCAUUCAGGAAAAUCCAUCGUGCCUUAUCGGCUUCAUCGAUUCUCUCCGAGAUCGAAAUGGCCACCACCAUUAAGGCCUUCGUUUCGGCAUUUCUGGGCCUGGAUCUCGAGCCCACCCUAAAGCCUUUGUUUGAUGUUGAGCUGAGCAAGUUCUUGACCUUUUCGGUCGUUUCUCCAUCCACUUCAAACCGAUUGAAGUCCAGACAAUUCAUCAUCGGCGAUUGGCCUAGUUUUGUGCAAGAGAUUGAAACGAAGAAACCCUCUAAACCAGCCAGGAUGACGAAUGUCAACCGGAUAUCCGCCAUAUUGAAGCGAGCCCAAGACUUGCCUAAUACCACCGACGAGUCCAUGGUGGCCAUAAAACGGGAAAUGGCCCUUUUCAACGCCUCCACAUUUCCCUCUGGGCCAGAGAAGGGCCUCACCACGCAUAUCCGGUUCAUCUUGGAGUGGUCGUUCGAUUACAACUUGAGCUCUAUUCAAAUAUUGGACGUGCUCCUCUCGAGCCUCACGCCCCACCUUAAUCCCGGAGUGAAGCGUGUUACCUCGGACAUGAUCCACUUACACGUGCCACUGACCAUUGUUGUCAAGUACUUGCUUUCCUUAGAUAUCCUCGAGACCAAAAUGAGAGCCUUCCAAGAAUUAUACGACUCAUAUCAGCCUAUCGACAAAGGUCACAGGCAUCUAAAGGUUGGAGAGAUUUUGGAUCAAGUUCAAGAGAGGAUUUUGAUGCUGAUGAAUGAGGUCUUGGUCAGGAAUUUGGACCCUCAUAUCAGAACUCGACUCUUAAACAAAUUAUUUUGGAACAAGGUGGUGGAACUCUAUCCCGAGCUAAGGGGCUCCUUAUCGUUCUCGAUUGAUUCCUCCAUGGAUUCAAUUCAAACCAAGGUCCUGGCCUUCUUCUCUCAAGUACGAACCACACCUUUGUCAAGAAAUAAUGGAACCUUGAGCAUUGAUAAAGUGCAUCGGAGUGGUCCCUUAAGGACCACAGUCCCAGCCUUGAAUCUGGGAAUGAUUUUUGACCCAAACCAAGACAUUCCAUUCCUCACUGAUGGUCAAGAAUCAGCCGAAGAAGAGUAUUACUACCAUAGCGCUAAGGAGGAUGCGAUGGAUUCCUCGUAUGAUUCAUCUGAGAAGCAUAGUUUGACCGCACUUCAUAAAGGAAUUCCCCUGAAGAGCCGCUCUGAAACGCUACCUUCAACGGUAGAACCCUUGGAAUUGACCAAAGAAACAUUAAAGAUUAAGACGACAGGUGCAGAGAAAGAAGAUGAAAGUACUCUGGGAAUGGUGACCCCUAAUCAAACCACUUUCGCUUAUUACGAAGAACUAUAUAAUGACUUUGUGGACGAAAGUUACGACCUUCUAAGGGAUCAUCUUCCCACUACGUUAGGAAGAAGUGCGUUGGAAAGGGUAAAAAACGCUACUAGCAUUUUUCGUCAAAUGACCCAUCCGACUGGGAACAAUGAAGAUGACCAACAUCUUGUCCAUCCAAAUAUCACCACGACUACCACCACCAAUAACGACGACGACUACCAUAUCUCUACUUCUACGACUUCCAAAAACACCCCUAGCAAAUCCCAGAAGCCUCGCAAAAUAUGUCGCCAACAUCGAGCUCCGUGUAACAAAAAGCGAUAUGGAAGAAUAUUCCAAUUAGAUCAAAUAUGUGUCCCAGUCGCCUCAAAUGUCCGCUUGACCAAGAAUGCAGAUCCAACUCACUAUGAAUGUUGUGUGAAUGGAAUUUGGUCGGUCCGGAAAUGCCCCCCUGGUUCGAUUUUCUGGAUCACUCUAAAGUGCUGUGUGAAAAUCUUCAAAUUCCCGUGUCGUGACAAUUGUAUCGAAAUUAUAGAUGUUCAAUCACAAUGCCCUUUGACCAUUUCUCCCAUCUGAGACUAUAAGAUCGCCAUAGAGACAAAUGAUCUCAAAAGAUCAUUCAAGUCAAAAGAUUCGCACCAAAACUGACUUCGUCGUAUGAUGGAAAAAUCAGUGUUCAAUGACUUAUGAAAUUGCCACAACAAAUAGUAAUCAAAUUUGAACACAUUAUUUUGAAAUUUAA